AUGCUACCUGAUCCUCCACCUCUACGCAGCUGCUUUGUUGUUGGUUCCUGCCAUGGCUUGCUCACCAUUGCCGACGAGCAGUCCAAGCUCCACCUCGUCAACCCCCUCUCCCGUGCCCAGAUUGCGCUCCCGCCGCCGUUAACCAUCAAGAACGUGCGGGGUUGCUACACAACAGAUGAGGUUCUUGAUAGUUACCAUCUUCUUAAACUGGAUCUGGUAAACCAUGAAUGCGACGCGCAAGCUGAGCCGGAUGAUCUCACUCUGGAGCAAGGCUGUUUCUACUUCUACCUGAGGGUCGCCAUCUACAAUGAUUUCUUCUACAAUGACUCUAAUGGCUUGUUCUAUGUUGUACGAGGCAACGGCGAGGUGCACACCAUUGACCUCAACGGACCCUCUCCUGUGGUGAAGAUCAUACUAAGGCCCAUGGCGCCAUGUAUAGACAACAACAAAUACAUUGCUCAAGCUCCAUGGGGUGGCAUGCUUCAGGUCUGGAGGUAUGAUGACAUCGUCGAGGAAGGUGAGGGUAGGGCUGUCCAACUUGAGGUGUACAUGGUGGAUCUGGCUGAGCAAAAGCUUGUUGAGAUAAAGAACUUGCAGGAGCAUGUGCUCUUCAUUGGCUUUAACACCCCAUUCUUCCUUCUGGCUGAGGACUACAAUAUGUUGACCCCGGAUUGCAUCUACCUGACCAAUGAUUACAUGGACUACAUUUAUUCUAAAAAAUUUGGUCCACGCCAGGUACUUGUCUUCAAUAUGAAGGAUGGGAGCUUGACUGAUCUAUUUCCUGAUAGUGAUAGUGAUUUCUGGCUCAGUUGGCCUCUUCCAAUUUGGAUUACACCGUACUAUUCUCAAGAUAAUAAAGGUUAA